CAAAAGGAAGUGGCGGCGGCGGGGCCGUCAGCGCGGGGAGGGGCGGGGGCGGCACCGGCACCACCGGCACCGGGACCACCGGGAGCGGCACCUGGAGCGAGGAGGCGGCCGCGGCGGGGGCCGCGCCGCGCCAUGGCCCAGCAGCAGAUGAGCAGCUCGCAGAAGGCGCUGAUGCUGGAGCUGAAGUCGCUGCAGGAGGAGCCGGUCGAGGGCUUCCGCAUCACCCUGGUCGACGAGUCCGACCUCUACAACUGGGAGGUGGCGAUCUUCGGGCCCCCCAACACGCUCUACGAGGGCGGGUACUUCAAGGCUCACAUUAAAUUUCCUAUUGACUAUCCAUAUUCACCACCUACCUUCAGAUUCCUGACCAAAAUGUGGCACCCCAACAUUUAUGAGAAUGGAGAUGUAUGUAUUUCAAUUCUUCACCCACCUGUAGAUGACCCACAAAGUGGAGAGCUACCAUCAGAGAGGUGGAACCCUACCCAAAAUGUCAGGACUAUCUUACUGAGUGUAAUCUCUUUGCUUAAUGAGCCCAACACAUUCUCCCCAGCCAAUGUGGAUGCGUCAGUCAUGUUCAGGAAAUGGAGGGACAGUAAAGGAAAAGACAAGGAGUAUGCUGAAAUCAUAAGGAAACAGGUUUUGGCUACCAAAGCUGAGGCAGAGAAGGAUGGCGUGAAGGUCCCCACUACACUGGCAGAGUACUGCAUCAAAACUAAAGUGCCUUCCAAUGACAACAGUUCAGAUUUGCUUUACGACGAUUUGUACGAUGACGACAUUGAUGAUGAAGACGAGGAGGAGGAGGAUGCCGACUGUUACGAUGAUGAUGAUUCUGGCAACGAGGAGUCGUGACCUGCUCCCUCUAUGCCCCUGUACUGCCCUGCCGACUCAGGCCAGAAGGGAGCAGCGGUAACCUAGCAGCAGUCCAGCAAAAAAGUGUGGGGGGGGGGGUAUCAAAAAAAAAAAAACAAAAAAAAAAAACAAAAAAAAAAACCCAACACAAAACUUUGUCUCCUGCUGUCUCCUGUUGUAUGGAUCUGUUCGCUCCUUUUUUAUGGACCUCUUAGAGACCCUCCACAGAAUGUCUGAAUUCUUGCAUUCUUAACCCUUUCAUCACUGUAUUACAAUUUCUUUUUAAAAAAGAAACUCCCCUUUUCACUUCUCUACGAAAUGCUCACAGCAAAACAGGUUUGCUCGUGUUUAGAUUCUUGAAUUAAAUACAGUCUUGCAUUGAGAUGUUUAAUGUAUUUAAAGCUGGAACAAACCCAUUGGAAGCUGGGUUUUUGGGAGCUCAAAGUGCUGCAUUCACUGGGAAGAAAAAAAAAAUCCCCACGAAGCAAAUUGCCAAGGUUUAGCUGCUCCAUUUACAAUAAUAGCGUGUGUACAUUCGUUUAGCCUUGUGGUGGUGGCUUUUCCUUUAUAAGGUGUGGGGCGGAGAGUGUAAAGCUACUGUGUGUUGAGCUUGAUGGGAUGUCACUGAAAGGUACAGUAUUCCUUUUCAGCCUGCUAAGUUAGGAAAUAGCUGGCUCCUGGAGCCCCAGAGGGCACAAUCAGCUUUGUCUCUGGAAAAGGCUUGUGAUAUGAACCUAAAAUAAACACUUAACACUUCACAUCUGUACAACUGA